AUCAAUACUAGCGUACAUCGUUAGACCUGGAACUCAAGGGACUGGGCGCGAGCAUACAUUGCCGUCACUCACUCAAAGGCAAAAGCGAAGUUCGGAAUGCGGGGUUUGCUUGCGGUUUGAAUAGCUCUGCGGCUCGAGCUACACUUGAUGGAUGCUCUCUGUAGGAGGCUCAGUGAUCGCCACACUGUAGUCGGUCGCAUUCUGGCUCGUUGCGGAAGAGUGGAAGAGGCAGAAGUGUCUGACAGGGGCGCGUUUACGGUAGAGGUGAUAUCAUCUCCGACUCACUCCCGCUAUCCGCCCCACUUUCCUCUUCACUUUCUCCGAUUUGCCGUGAGCCAACAUCCACAAUCCACCCACGAUUACUUGUCGUGCUGUUUGAGAAAAGAUCCAGGAUCAGACAAUGAUCAUGUCACACUUUGGAGCUUCUUCACUUUUCUCGUUACAACGCAAAAGAGUGCGCAUCUCCCUACGGAGAUCCUCCUUAUCAUUGCUAAAAUACUAUGGCAUGAUGAGAUGUACGCCCCGGGUGGCAUGAUAUUGAUGGACAGGCAAAAGAACUUCCACAGUUUUUGCCUCGUCUCCCGCCAGUGGUACUCGGUUGGGAUAUCCUAUCUCUACGACUUCCCCCAACUCUGGCAAGGCAACAAGUUCGUCCAGUUCACCAAUACUGUGAGCCCGCCACUCGGCGCCAAAAAGAGCAAAGUUGACCUCGGUUCACUGGUAAAAGUCUUGCAUCUGGGUUAUCUAGUUCAUCAGAGUUCGAACAGCCAAACAUCACGGCUCCUAAGCCGUGUCAAGAAAGGCUUGAAUAUAUUUGUUGCCCCGCAAACUGGAAUUGGUGUUAACAGCCUUGCGUCAAUCUCAAAAUGUCAAAAUUUGAUGCACCUUGAUUUGAGGCUAGCUCGAGGUGGCGCACUCGAAUUUUCACGCCUGAAAAAGACUGUCAGCAAUCUUCCAGGCCUUCAAACGCUUCAAUUGCCGUCUAGCAUGGAGAUCACCCAUACCGAUAACUCCGCAGGAGUUUGGCCACCAAAGCUCUAUUCUGUGACAAUCGGAGGAUCCCUGAAUCCUCACGUCAUGUCAACAUUCGACUGGCCCUCCAAUAUCCGCCAACUUAUACUAAAGCGCUGCAAGAAUUUGGACACACCAAUUCUUGAGAGCUUACUUCGCAACGAACAGCUGCUUGAAAAACUCGAAACCCUUACCUUGGACAACGAGAAUGCAACCAUGUUCUCAGAUUCAGAUUCAGAAUCGACCGUUUUAUACCUCCUUCGGAAUUUGACCAGUCUCAAAAUGCCCUUGGAUUUUAUGGAAUAUCUAUGCAUACUCCCCGUUCCCGAUGCCUUGCCACCACUGCCUCUCCGGAUAUUGGAGCUGACGCACCCAUACUUUGAUGACCAACUUCCGGUGGACUUUUCAGCAGAACUUGAAAAGGCUUUAAUUCAAAAUCUACGCAAUCUCUGGGCUUUGGGGGUGGGGGAAACCUGCUUGAAGUACAUCAAAGACGCAUACAGGAAGAUCGAUGACGAGAUUUGGAAACAUGUGGAGGAGAGCUCGGAUGAAGAACUUGACAAGCUGGCUAUCGAAGACUUGGGCAUUUACACCAUUGAUGAUGAUCUCACAGUCCAGUAAAUUCGAGCCGAUCAAUGAGUGGUGGUUUCAUAUCAUUUCUUUAUUCAUAUACCCCCUUCCAGCGUUGAUUCAGCUUUGCAAAUUCACCAACAAUUCGUUCUUGACGUGUGAACUGUUUUUCAUCGCCCUGUAUUGACGAGUUGACCAAAUGGUGAGGUUUUGUAAAACCAUAGGUUACUAUAAAGGUUUGAACCCCCCACUGAAUACUACAAGCUUGAUACGAGGCAGAAAUUAUAGAUAUCCCAUUGAGGAGACAU